UGUCACUUGUUCGCUCUUUCCUUGUAACUCAAAGCUUUUUUACUCCAAAAUGUUAUUUUCAACUUUGUGCUCUCUUGCCCUUCAGUAGGUCUCUUGUCCUCUCCUCCACCUGCACACUAACACAGAAAUGAUCCAGCCCACACACGUCCAUGCAUGACACUUUUCCACUUUUUUUAUAUUGUCCCUGCCCACAGAGUUGGAACACACACACACACAGAUCCAUACACACUUCACCUUCGACGCUCUCUCUCCCUCGCUCUGAGGUGAGGCUCGAGUGCAAUUCAGCAGCCUCUUGCCAUCCCUUCAUAUUUUAUAUUUCAUCUCAUCCCUCUGUUCGCCCACCCGUCCUCCUACUCACAGUUUCUCUUUUGUCUUUCACUUUCACUCUUUCUCUCACUCCAGUGACAACCCAAGAGAGCUACACAGGCCAAUUACUUUUCUGGAGUCUUGGUGAGGGUCUAAUGUAAAGUACAGGUACCUUCUGCUGACAACCACUGGCAAAACGUCAUUGUAGAAUGGAGUAAAGCUGUGAGAGUUAAGUGUGUGUGUGUGCGCGCAUGCAACUGCUGUUAUGGGAAAAUAAGCAAAGUAGUAAUAUCUGACAGCAGAGUGGAGGUAUGAAAAUGGGUUUUUGCAGUUGGUCAGCAGUGGCAGCAGCUGUCUGCAGAGCAGAGCUAUUCUUUACUAGGAGAGAGAGAGGGGGAGAGGGAGACAGGGUACACAACCAUAAAAACACCAACCUGAUCAAACAGCAGAGCCAUUCACUGAACUCGAGCUGCUUUACAAGGCCAGAGAUGUGUGUCGGUGUGUAUACAUACACCAAUAAAAUUGUGUUGAUGUGUUAUACUGAUAUCUAUGAUAUACUGAUACUUAUGAGUGAGUUGCCAUAUCCUUUACAUUGUGUGUGUGUGUGUGUGUGUGUGUGUGUGUGUGUGCAUGCUCAAGUGUUUGCCUGCGCUGCAUGAGAGUUGGCUCUCCCCAUGUUCUCAGAGGCCGAGGGGGAGCUGCAAGCAGAUGGCACUGGCAGACUGUUACUCUUAGAGAGAAAAACAAUAGGAACAACAGAAAAGAUAGAGAAAAGGUUUCAGUUAGACACAGAGAAUGAAAAAAGAAUGAAUAUUCACCACUGACAGCAGAUUAGAAAUGCGCCACUUGGGCACUUGUUCUCUAUGACUGGACUAGGAUAUACCAUGCUCUCACUACAAUGUAUUUUUUUGUAAGCUACAGCAAAUUUGGUUUUUAUGUUGAUAUCAACCUGCUUAUGUUUUCAGAUAUGUUGCAUUAAAACACAAAAAAGGUUCAAGGAUAAAAUGACAAAGGAUUUGAUUUACAAAUAUCCAGGAAGGGAAGUGCAUUAAAGACGUGCUGGCAUUUGUUCAGCAGUCAUAACCCUGCGCCAGGAUGGAGCAUGUUUGGCAGCCAGAGCAUAGCUCGGCAAACAUAGGGGAGUUAAAAAAGCGACAAUGAUCGGAUGAGGAAUGAAAAAGGAAAGGGUGACAUCAUUUUGGAGAGGAGGAGAACGGGGACCAACUCUUAUUGUGUGUUAAUGUGUGUUUAUUCAAGCAUGGGUCCAUAUAAAAGCGUCAAGGAACUCUUUCAAAUGGAUGUGAACACACAUGCAGGCAGCAUCCACUAGAUGGACCGACUUGAUAUCACAUAACUUCUCUGUAGCUGUUCCAUCACCUGCAGAAUGACAAGGAAAUGGCAAGGUCAUGUGGGUUUGUGUGUCUGUGUUUGAGGGGAGGCAAAAGUGUGUGUCUGAGGGAGUGGUCAGAGUUAAUACACGUCCCAUCCUCAUAUAGGAGACACUAUUGACACACUUCUCCAACUUCCACACACACACACACACACACACACACCACACAGAGCUCACACUAUAAAUCAAGUUCUGAGUGAGCAAGCGAGAGCAAAGGAGGAGGAGAGAAAAGGAUGCUCAUAGCAGGUGCCAAAUAUUGAGGGAGACGAGAGCGAGAGAAUCAGACGGAGAGUGAGGAUGGAGCAGAGCUCACACUGAACAUUCAGCCACAGGUUUUCGUACAGUCUGUCUCUGGUUUGUAAUAGUCUGUGUGUUUGGACUCGUGUGUCUCCGCUGCAUGAUGCUGUGCUCUGCUGUUCUGGCAGUGCUGCUCCUGCUGGCACCGCUGAAACCCAGCCACAGCCGAAGCCUGCACACCCCCGACCGGGCCAUGCAGGUCAUCGAGCAGUUCCUUGAGCGUUACAAUGACCUUUUGACCCUAGAUGACCUGGAUAAUCUCACAAGUGACCAAUCAGAAGAGCCGGUACAGGUCUUUAAUUCUGGCAUAAAAGUUGCCGAAAAUCCCAAAUGGAUUGACAUACCUGUGCAGAAUGAAAACUCCUGGGUCCGUCUCCUCAAGGGAGCUCUGGCCAAUCAAAAGCGAGCUUUGUCAGACCGGUCUCGGAGGGGUUGGAACCGUGGUUGCUUUGGCCUAAAGCUAGACCGAAUCGGAUCUAUGAGUGGCCUCGGCUGCUAAUGUCAGACAGAGGGACAGAGCAAUCUGAAUGUCGAGUAGAUGUUCCUCAUAGUGACAGUCAACAGUCAGUUUCUCUCAUCUAUAUGGUGAUGAUCUCGUACAGUUUCUUUCACUACAUUUUCACAGGUGAUAUGUUGUCAUACUGUUUUGUAAAUUGUUUAUUAUAAAGUGCUGUAACAUUUUAGUGAUUCUAGUUCUGUCUCUGUGAUGGAAGAGGAGUGAAAAUAUGUUUUGUGUACUUUUAUAUGUAUUGUUAGAUGGAUUGUUAUCAUGGUGAAUCAUGGGACUAUAUUUCACACUCAAAUAUAUUAUGUAUUGGACUACUUAUGAACUGUAUUUCAGACUGUUUUGAAGGAUAUGCAUGAGCAAAACUAACACAGUUCAACUUUAUGUUUGUGUAUAUUUGGCAUGAAUAAAAUGUUUCAAUGUUUUAAA